CCAGUCUAUUUUCUCUUCUGCUAUAAGCCAUUCACUUUUCUCUCGCCCCGCUUCCGCUCUGUUAAUUCUGUUUAUUUCCCUUCAAUCUUUCUUUCAUUCUCUUAAAUUCGUCUACUUCUAAUUCUUUUAUCAAAUUCGAUUUUGUGUGUUCGAAUUUAUCAGAUCUGUUUAGAUUGAUCCAAGACAUGAAAGGACGCUUGAGCAAGAAGACAACAAAGGCAUCGGCAUCGCCGUCGGCAGGCGGAGAUCAGCCGUAUGCCAAGGAAUUAAGCUCGUACAAGGCCGCUUGCAACCUCGAUGUAGAUUUGCAGACUUUAGAUACGACGCUGCAAGCACGGACUAGUUGCGUGAUCAGCACGCUCGCGGACGGCUUGGAGGUACGGGCGCUUUCGUUUGAUUCGCUCAAGGAGGUGACGGGAUGUCUUCUCGAGAUGAACCAGGAGGUCGUUAAGGUAAUCUUGAAGUGCAAGGAAGAUGUGUGGAAGACUCGGCAUCUGUUUGAGCUCGUUGAGGAGUAUUUCGACAACAGUUUGCAGACUCUGGAUUUCUACAACGCCUUGGAGAAGUGCCUGCAGCGCGCUCGCGAUAGUCAAUUGCUCAUCCUCUUCGCACUGCAGCAGUUCGAGGAGGAGACGGAGGUCGGAGGGAGUCGGUAUGUUAGGACGCUGGAGAAGCUGAAAAUUUUCAAGGAGGCAGGGGAUCCGUUUACAGAGGAGCUCUACCGGAUGUUUCAAUCGGUUUAUAAGCAGCAGAUGCUGAUGUUGGAGAAGCUGCAGCAGCGGAAGAACAAGCUGGACAAGAAGCGCAGGCGCAUCAAAGUGUGGAGGAAGGUUUCGAGUAUGAUUUUCGUGACUGCUUUUGCUGCGGUGGUGAUUUGCUCUGUUGUGGCGGCGGCCAUGGCUGCUGCUCCACCGGUUACUGCAGCUCUUGCGGCAGCUUCUAGUUCUAUUCCUAUUGGUACCACGGUGGGGGAAUGGGUUGAUUCUCUCUGGAAAAAUUGUGAAGAUGUGUUGAAAUGGCAGAAGGAGGUGAUUAGUUCAGUGCAGGUAGGAAACUAUGUUGCCAUCAAGGAUCUGGAUAACAUCCGAGUACAGAUUGAUCGGCUUGAGAUUGACAUUGCAGCUCUGCUGCAGAAUGCAGAUUUUGCGAUUGAGGAAGAACCUCUGAAAAUUGUGAUGGAAGAGAUCAAGAAGAAGAUGGGGGUGUUUAUGAAGAAUGCGGAGAAUUUGGGGGCACAGGCUGAUCUCUGCGGCUGUCACAUUAUGGAGGCAAGGAAUGUUGUCCUGCAGAGGAUCAUCAAAAACCCCCAACAACUAAAAGAUGGGAAGAACAUCAAUGGAUAACUGCCGCUAAUCACCGCAAAAGUCACCAGCUUCACACAAUGAUGGUGAUGAUGAACAAAGUAUGGUCCAGCCACACAACAUGUACAUAUUUCUGGUUUUUUGUUCCAGAUCUGCAGAGGAAUAACUGAAGACUUUCAUUCAGUUUCACCCCUGUUCGUUGUAAGAAUUGUAAUAUUGUUUGGAGAUUGAACUCCUUAUUUAUUCACUGAGUUUUUUCCUACAGAAUUGUUUCAUAUUUUCAAACAACUUGACUAAGCUCUUGUUAGUUAUUUCCAAACUAUUGAAUACAGUAAAUUUGUGCAAAACUAAAACCUAGAUACAUACAUUAUGUACAAAGUAUACUUGUUAUAAGGUGCCAAGGAAUGAAAGCAGGCUUAAAAAUCUACCUAAGAUUCAACUGGAUUUCUUCCCUUCAGAAAAGCGCAGGCUUCAAGUUUAGGCUUCUAAAGAAAACUAUUCAUCAGAGUCUGCACAAAAGCUCUUUAAGUUUAGAACCAGUAGUUGCAAUUUGAUUCGAUUGCACAUAUGGCAGCAGUAUAAUAAAAUUGAAAGUUUUUUUUGCAACUAUUUAAGUGUGAUAAUAGAGAAGCAGAUAAGCCAUCAUAACUCUUCUUAAGAUUACAGACACAUAGGUAUAUGCAGAUUGACUCAGGGACAGAAACAUAGACAUAGUUCGAUAAAGCAAGAAUGUUACAAUUGUCUAAGUAGCAAGUUGCAGUGCUGCUUUUGCUUGACAUUGAAAAGUUAUUGAAACUGGCUGUUCCCAGGAAAGACUGUGCUUA